UAUAUGUAGAACGUAAAUCAUCAUCGCCGGGAAGUCCCAACGGAGAAACAGAAACCUCGAUUUGGUCUAGUUUUCGACUUUAGCCGGCGACGAAUGUGAACGAAGCAGCUUCAAAAUAUCUCAAGGAAGUUUUUACAGAGAUGUCAUUUAGUCCUUUCGGAAAAGAUGUAGGACCGGCGAUGAGUUCCAAACCGUCGCCGUUCACAACGUUCGGAGCUUCUGAUCCUCCCAGGCCUACUUUAAAUCCUCAGUUUGGGCAUGAUGAAUCAAGGAACUUCCUGAAGGACCAUAGUGAACGUAGUCCAGCCACGUCUCCAGCUAGUACAUCACACACUCUUUCCAGAAGUGGAACUGAUGUUGUUGAGAUCGGUCGAUCACACGAUUCAAAAAGGAAAAGUCGUUCGGAUCUUCUUCCUGAUCGGAGUUUAGGGCUUUCUCGAAGAAACUAUUCGCCAGGAUCAGGUUUUGGGAAUGGCAGCUUGGUAGAUGAUUUCCAGCAGCCAUCUAGUCAAACUUGGAUACGCUCGCCAUCUUCCGCGGACAGUAAUCGGGUGAGGUCGAGGAUCAGUCCCAAACGGUUGGAACAAAGCCCAAGCUCUCCAUUUCCUUAUGCACAUGAAGCAGUUGAAAUUCAGGAAGCUACAAAAAGAAACUCUUCGGCUCUAGCACAUUCUCAUAAACCUCUUCAUGACAACCCUGUAUUUCCUCAACAUGAUUCUCGAAGGUCACCAACAAUUCCUCCUGCGUCAGGCACAAAGUCAUUUAUGCUUUCAAGAAGUUCAGAUUCCCAAUUUCCUGGGCAGCCAUCCUCUGUUAAUAAUUCUAAUAAUGCGGUGAAGACAAGUGGUUCACCUGCAACGAAAAGGACGAGAUCUCCACCUUUAUAUCCAGUGGAGGAGGAUAUCCAGGGAAACUCUUUUUCUUCUGUAAGCUGUACUGAAGGAGAAGAGCAAGCCAGGGCAAAGAGACUGGCCCGCUUCAAGGGUGAACUGGACCCUGUUCCAGCCCGACCUGUAAAUAGAACUGUGAAGCCUCUGGACAACAAACAAACAUUCAAUUCACAUGAAUCAAAUAGGGAUGAUCUGAAGGAAGAUGCUUUUUCUGAUUAUGAAACCUCGGAGCAGCCCUCUCUUAUCGUUGGAUUAUGCCCUGACAUGUGUCCUGAGUCAGAACGGGGGGAGCGUGAGAGGAAGGGUGACUUGGACCAUUAUGAGCGUGUAGAUGGAGAUAGGUAUCAGACGAGCAAAGCCCUUGCUGUGAAGAAAUAUACCAGGACGGCGGAGCGAGAAGCCAUUUUGAUACGACCCAUGCCAAUCCUGCAGAAUACUAUGGAAUAUUUGCUGAGUUUGCUAGACCGCCCUUACAAUGAAAACUUUCUUGGCAUGUAUAAUUUCUUAUGGGAUAGGAUGAGAGCUAUUCGAAUGGAUUUAAGAAUGCAGCAUAUUUUCAACCGAGAAGCUAUUACUUUACUGGAGCAAAUGAUAAGACUUCACAUCAUUGCAAUGCAUGAGUUAUGUGAAUUUACUAAAGGAGAGGGAUUCUCUGAGGGGUUUGAUGCACACCUGAAUAUUGAGCAGAUGAACAAGACAUCCGUUGAGUUGUUUCAAAUGUAUGAUGAUCACAGGAAGAGAGGAAUCGCCAUUCCCACAGAAAAAGAGUUCCGUGGCUAUUAUGCUCUUCUCAAACUCGACAAGCACCCUGGCUAUAAGGUUGAACCGUCUGAGCUUUCUCUUGAUCUUGCCAACAUGACUCCAGAAAUAAGGCAAACUUCAGAAGUUCUCUUUGCCCGCAGUGUAGCCAGAGGUUGUAGAACUGGCAACUUCAUUGCCUUCUUUCGCCUCGCACGGAAAGCAAGUUAUCUUCAAGCAUGUCUAAUGCAUGCUCACUUUUCGAAGCUAAGAACUCAGGCUCUUGCUUCCCUGCACGCGGGUAUCCAAAAUAAUCAGGGUAUUCCAGUUUCAGAUGUGUCAAAGUGGAUAGGGAUGGAGGAAGAGGACAUAGAAGCCCUGUUGGAGUACCAUGGGUUUUCAAUAAAAGAGUUUGAAGAGCCAUACAUGGUAAAGGAGGACCUGUUUCUCCAUGCUGAUAUGGACUACAAAACAAAAUGCUCAAAACUUGUUCACAUGAAAAAGUCAAGAACCAUUGUGGAAGAUGUGUAUGCUCUCUCGAUGGAGGAAGAUGUUUCUGCUCCCUCUCCGUUGUCAUCCUUGCCGAUAGAAGCAAAUAAAGGAUAUCAACAGGAAAGGCCGCCUGCUCAAAGUCUUAAGAAACAAACAUCAGUGCGUCUAGUUGAUAAAGAAAUGACCAAUUCCAAGACUUCCCUCUUAUUGGAGGAGGACCAGCCAGUGAGGAUAUCUGUUACAAAUCCAGUGCGGCCGUCUGAUGUAAAACCAGCAGUGGAUCAACAGAAAGGAAACCACUCUACGCCGGCUGGUGAAUUUCAUUCUCCCCUGAAUUUCUAUUCUCCUGGAUUUCCUCAAGCUAAUUCCUCGAAUUUGAAGAAACAACCUAACGACGGCCACACUAGUAUAUCUCCUGUGGAAAUUAAAUUUCCAUGUGCAGAGCAUAUGCAAACGAAUCUUGUGCCUGGACCUACUUUGCAACAAAGUCCAUUUUCAGGGCAUAUGCAAACGAAUCUUGUGCCUGGACCUACUUUGCAACAAAGUACAAAGUCCAUGCCUAUGGAGAGAGUGGCUGUAACUACCAUUUCAGAGUCUCCAAGGAGUGUAGAAAACAUAUCUGCUUUGGAAGAAGCAGUACCUGAAGCUGCGAUGACUGCUACCUUGGAAGAGAGCUUCCAUGGCACUGAACAGGAAGACGAGGAUGGACGUGAGGACAUCACAAAUCAGUAUGAUGAGGAAGUGGCGAAGGCCAAGCUCAAGUUGAUCAUAAGACUAUGGAAGCGGUGGUCUUCACGUCAAAGUGAAUUGCGGGAGCGUCAACAGUUAGCUGCAGCAGCUGCACUGAAUUCUCUAACCCUGGGCACUCCUAUCAGACUCAGCAAAACUCGUCAAUCGAAGACUUGUGGUGAGUUUGACAUUGAUCAAGCGAUGAAGAGGAGAUUUGAAGAACGUGAAAAAUCAUGGUCAAGGCUGAAUAUUUCAGAUGUGGUAGCUGAUAUAUUAGUCGAAAGGAAUCCAGAAUCCAAAUGCAUAUGGUGGAAGGUCAUCCUAUGUACUCAAUUAAAAUCAGUUAAGGCAUCAGGUCAGGAUACACAUGCAGAAGCCAGUCGAUGGUUAUCAUCAAAGCUUAUCCCUCACACAGAACAUAGUAUCUCGGAUGAUAAUCUGGUGUUUUCAGCUCCGGGUGUGUCGGUAUGGAAUAAACGGGUUGCAAGUGGGUCUGAUUCUGAUUUUAGAUGCUGUCUCUCAGUAGCUAGGGAUGUGGAAGCUGAUAAUGAUCUUCGUGAAAGCACACGUGGUGCAAGUGCAGUUAUCUUCCUUGCAUCUGAAGCCCUCCCUCUGAACCUCCAGAGAACACAUCUUAACCAAAUUCUUGGGUCAGUACCUAACGGUUCACUCCUUCCCCUUCUCGUUCUAAUCAGCUCAAGCAAUGGAGAAAGCUUGGACCCUGAUACAAAUCUCGUCUCUGAACUAGGCCUCCAUGAUAUUGACAAAUCAAAGAUAGCAAGCUUCAACAUCGUUUCUAUUGCCAAUAAGUCCCAGAAGGGACAUGAAGUUCGUUUUUUCAGCGACUCACGGCUAAGGGACGGGCUUAAAUGGCUUGCGGGCAAUUCACCUCUGCAACCAAAUCUUCAUCACGUUAAACCGCGGGAACUUGUUCUGACGCAUUUUAGUUUUUCACUGGAGGUUCUUAAGAAGAUGCCAGAUCAUGAAGUUGAUCCUAACAUCUGCAUAUCAGCCUUCAACGACGCAUUGGAAAGAUUAAAAAGAAACAUCACUUCUGCUGCUGAAGCUAAUCCGAUCGGUUGGCCUGGCCCUGAGACAAUGUUGCUCGACGACGGUAAUAGAAAAGAACAUAUAAUGGUGAAGCGGUAUCUACCCAACGUGGACUGGAGCAGUGCUGAGAGCAUCGAACAACUCAACUCCGUGCUCGAGAACUGUAAGCUUCCAUGUUUCGAAGAUGAUUUGACAUGGUUAACACUAGGAUGUGCUUCUGGUGCCGAGAUAGAGGACUAUACGGAACGGCUUGAGGGAUGCUUAGUUGAGUAUUUGACACAGACGAGCAGUCUCAUGGGAGACUCAUUAGCCAGCAAAGAAGCAAGAGUGAUGCUACAAAGAAACACUAGACUCGAACUCCAUAACUCAAGCUACUACCGUAUCAUCCCGAGAUGGAUCGGUGUCUUCCAGAGGAUCAUUAACUGGCGGAUAAUGGGUGUGCUAGAUUCAUCGUCUUCCUCAGCUUACGUACUGAACUCCGAUCUCACCAUGUCAGCUUCUUCAAGCUAUUAUGCUGAUAAGUUCUCGUCUGAAGAUGCAUCAUACCAAUCCUCUCGUCCAAAUCUUCCAUUACUUCACGAAAUGGUCCAAGUCAGUUGCACCCCCUCGAAGUCGUCUCCUCCUCCACGUAAUCACAAAUCCCAGAGAGAUGUACAAGUAGAAUCAGUUCAGAUUGAUGAUAGAGACAUAGAUGAGUCGAUGUUGGAGAAGAGCUGAGAAGCUUCGAGAAGGAUUGAUAUGAUGAUUGCUGAGGGUGAGGAGUUAGCUGAUGAAACAGAGAGCUCAUGGAGGGGGAGUAAAGGAAAAGAAGUGACGGUGAAGGAUAAGGAGAGUUAUAGAUUAAAUGAAUUGUUGGAGAAAUGUAACUUGGUACAGAAUAGCAUAGCCGAGAAGCUCUGCAUUUACUUUUGAACUUUUCUUUAGUUAGCUUUGCUAUAUAUGAUGAAAUAUGUGACAGAGAAAAAGUACAGAAGAAACAAUCAUCAAUGUGAUUAUAUCGUUUCCGUUAAUAAACGGACUAAUAGGCCUAAUGCUCUAUUGGGCCCUCCUU